AUGAUUACCUCAGCUUCCCUCUCCCUUCCAGUCACUACUUCUAGGAAUGCUUCAGCUUUUACCUCUACUACUGCUUUCAUUCAGCCACACUUCAUCUCUCUUCCACAGCCUCAGACUUUGGCAGAUCGUAUUUCGCUUCGAUAUACUAUGCCUUGGCAGGCUAUGAUCAUCAGCUGUGGCAGUCAAAUCUGCAGUGGAUCCAUACUUAGCAGCUCUUGGGUUCUCACUGCUGCUCACUGCGUCAGAAAUAUGAAUCCAGAGGAUACAAUUGUAAUACUGGGUCUUCGGCAUCCUGGGGCACCUCUGAGAAUUGUUAAAGUGACAACUAUUCUACUUCAUGAGAGAUUCCGGCUCGUGAGUGGGACAGCAAGAAAUGAUCUAGCUUUAGUGCUGCUCCAAGAGAGUCAAAAUUCCAUUCAAAUAUCAGCACCUUUGGGCCAUCUGAAGAACCUUAAUAAUUCUGAAUGCUGGCUUUCUGGGCCACAAAUUCUCAAACCAGGAGAGACAGAUGAGAAUCCAGAAGUAUUACAGAUGCAGGUAAUGGGAGCUUCAAACUGUGCCCACCUCUACCCUGACAUAGGAAGUUCUAUUAUUUGCUUCAUCACCCAUGCCAAAGGUCAUGACACAAAUAUGGAGCCUGUGAAUCCAGGCAGUGCUGUUAUGUGCAGACCAAUAUAUGGCAAUGGCAAAUGGAGACAAAUAGGCCUCACCAGUCUUAAGGCCCUAGCUACCAUCAUAAGCCCACACUUCUCUUGGAUUAUAUCCACUACAGAAAAAGCAGGCCAUCCCCUAAAUCAGGCUGCCAUGCCAUGGAUGGAAAAGGCUAACUCCUCUUGUCUCCUUAAAUAUACAACCAAAUUGUUUCUCUCUUUACAUCCUGCCCUCCCAUCUCCACUUCUGCCUCCCUACACCACCCCCUCUGCCAAAAUUACAGUAUGUGCAAUAAGAUUGGUGUUUGUGUUCAUCGUGAAUGUGUACUCUGUCUCUAGGACCUGCAUCUCUGUAAUGCCUGAUCACUUGCACAGUGUUUGGGCUUGUCAGAGAGACCUCACCCUGCUCUUUUGUGAUGAUCCUACUCAUGACAUGUGGAAGCUGUAUUGUCCAGCUUGUUGA